AAACGUAAAAAAGGCAAGCUGAUUUCUGCAUAACAAUUGGUUGCAGAUAUGCCUCCAAAUUCUAUAUUGUUAUCGAACUGUGAAGCAGCAGAAAUGUUGCAGAAAAUUCAAGGACAUAUGGCUAUCUUAUCAGAGGAUCCGACUAUAAAAAUUCCCGAGUCGUUUGACAAGGCCUUUCAAUAUGCAAAAGAAGGAAAUCACUUCACCUCUGCGAAGUCGGUGAAAGAAAUUCUGGAACCUCUUAAAGACUAUGGUGUUAAUGAUGGCGAGAUAUGCAUGAUAGCGAACAUUGGGCCUGAGACCAUCGAAGAGGUUUAUGCACUGAUACCAUCUCUCAAGGCUACUAGGUCCAUCAAUGAAGGCAAGAUCGUGGAGGCUCUUGCUGCCCUCGCUAACAUAAAAGUCUCCAAGUGAACCUCAGCUACACAGCUGAUCAGGCAAUGAAGGAUCCGUAACUGGGGUCUCUGUGGUGUAUGGUUGUUCACCGAAAUCGAGCUCUUUCUUUCGAGGGCCGAAAUCAAGUUGUGUGUAUGUAAACCGUGCUGUGCACAAGUGUGCCAGCUCUAGGUCUGGCUGGUUGAACUUUGACUUUUGGAAACUAGCUUGUGUCUAGCUGCCGGUUUAGCUAGUUGUUGAGGUGAUGUACUCUGAAUUGCCAAGUUAUGCCCGAUGGUCUGGCACGCCUGAACGAUGAAUAUUGUUGUUGCGGCCUGUGUGUUUCUGCA